AUGUGUGGAAUCACCGCCCUCCUUCUCGCUUCCACCGAGCAGUCAGCUGCGCCCGAGAUCAACGAGGCUCUCUCGCUCCUCCAACAUCGUGGUCAGGAUGCUGCUGGUAUUGUCACUUGUGGUAGCAAGGGCCGCUUCCACCAAUGCAAGGCAAACGGUAUGGUUCGUGAUGUCUUUGACGUCAAUGCCAUCGCCCGUCUCCAGGGUAGCAUGGGUGUAGGUCACGUCCGAUACCCCACCGCUGGUUCCUCGGCCCACUCGGAAGCCCAGCCGUUCUACGUCAAUUCUCCCUACGGCAUCACGUUUGCCCACAACGGUAACCUGAUCAACACCGACGAGCUUCGUCGCUUCCUCGACGCCGACGCUCACCGUCACAUCAACACCGACUCGGACUCCGAAGUUCUGCUCAACAUCUUUGCCAACAACUUGCAAAAGACGGGCAAGUUUCGUAUCAACGAAGAGGACAUCUUUACCGCGAUUCGUGACCUCAUGAAGCAGUGCAAGGGAGGCUACACCUGCGCCGCUAUGAUCGCCGGUUUCGGUAUCAUUGCCUUCCGUGACCCCAAUGGUAUUCGUCCUCUCGGCAUGUGCUCGCGUCCCUCAUCGGCUACCAACACCGAAUACCUCGAAGGCCACGCCAAGGACUACCUUUUCACCUCGGAGUCGGUCGUCUGUGACGCGCUCGGCUUUGAAGACUUUGAGGAUAUCAAGGCGGGCGAGGCCGUCAUCAUCACAAGGCAAGCCGUCUCGCGACGCAUCCUCACGCCUCCCGCCGACUCGGACGACGCCUUUGCCUUCUCGCCCGACAUUUUUGAGUACGUCUACUUUGCGCGUCCCGACAGUGUCAUGGAUGGCGUUUCGGUCUACCGCUCGCGCAUGGCCAUGGGCGACAAGCUUGCUGACGAGGUACGUCGCCAGCUUCAAGCCACCGGUGAAACCGUCGAUGUGGUGAUCCCCGUUCCAGAUACCUCGCGUGUGGCCGCGCUUCAGCUUGCACAGAACCUCGGCGUCCCCUAUCGCGAAGGUUUCAUCAAAAACCGCUACGUCGGUCGAACCUUUAUCAUGCCUGGCCAAAGUGUGCGUCGCAAGAACGUGCGUCGUAAGCUCAACGCCAUGGCGCUCGAAUUUAACGGCAAGAACGUGCUCAUCGUCGACGACUCGAUCGUAAGAGGCACCACUUCGAAAGAGAUCAUCCAGAUGGCGCGCGAUGCGGGCGCCCGAAAAGUCAUCAUGGCCUCUUGCGCGCCACCGAUCCGCUACUCGAACGUCUACGGUAUCGACAUGCCUUCGCGUCAAGAGCUCGUUGCCUACGGACGCACCGUCGAGCAAGUCGCCGACUACAUCCAGGCUGACAUGGUCAUCUACCAGACGCUGGAGGACCUCAUCGAUUCGGUGCAGCAGUUCAACCCCGAACUCAAACAGUUUGACUGCUCUGUCUUUGACGGCCAGUACAUCACCGGCGGUGUCGAUGCCGCCUACAUUGCGCAUCUCGAGCACCUGCGCAGUGAAAAUGCCAAGGCGAAAAAGGAAGCCGCCAAGAUCCCCGUCAUCGCAGAAAGCCAAAAGAAGAUCUACGCCAGCCGCGCCAGCCCUUCCGCCUCGAGCGUCGCCGCCGACGACAAGCUCGCCAACGACGCUUCAGCUGCAGUGCUCAACGGCACCAACGGCAAUCGCAAACGCCGAUUGAACGACGACGAGCUUGAGGAAGAGGAAAAGCAGCAGAACGUCGGCUGCUCCGGUCCCAUGAACGGCGCAGACGACAUCGGUCUCUUCAACAGUUGGACUCGUUAA